GCGCCUCUCCUGUGCGUCAUCGCCGCGCGCCGCGCCCAGUGGGUCUGGGAAGCUAGGGGGGCGCACAGAUGGCGGCGGCCGCGGUGCGCGACGGCGACCCGGGGCCGACACAGGAGCUGUUGGUGGCCUGGAACACCGUGAGCACCGGGCUGGUGCCUCCGGCCGCUCUGGGACUGGCGUCCUCCCGGACCAGCGGCGCGGUGCCGCCGAAGGAGGAGGAGCUGCGGGCGGCGGUGGAGGUUUUGAGGGGCCACGGUCUGCAUUCGGUCCUGGAGGAGUGGUUUGUAGAGGUGCUGCAGAACGACCUGCAGGCCAACAUCUCCCUCGAGUUCUGGAAUGCCAUCUCGCAGCAUGAGAACUAUGCAGACGAGCCUCAGUGCCUCCUGCUUCUCCUUGACGCUUUCGGCCUGUUGGAGAGCCGUCUGGAUCCUUACCUGCAUAGUCUAGAGCUGCUGGAGAAGUGGACUCGCCUGGGCUUGCUGAUGGGCGCAGGCGCUCAGGGGCUGCGGGAAAAAGUCCACACCACGUUGCGGGGCGUCCUGUUCUUUUCCACUCCCAGAACCUUUCAGGAGAUGAUUCAGCGCCUUUAUGGACGCUUUUUGAGAGUGUACAUGCAGAGUAAGAGGAAGGGGGAAGGGGGCACAGACCCGGAACUGGAGGGGGAAUUGGACAGCAGGUACGCCCGGCGGCGGUACUACCGGCUUCUGCAGAGCCCGCUGUGCGCGGGGUGUGGCAGUGACAAGCAGCAGUGCUGGUGCCGCCAGGCCCUGGAGCAGUUUCACCAGCUCAGCCAGGUCCUACACAGGCUCAGUCUGUUGGAGCGGGUCAGUGCCGAGGCUGUGACCACCACCCUGCACCAGGUGACCAGGGAGAGGAUGGAGGACCGCUGCCGGGGCGAGUAUGAGCGCUCCUUCCUGCGUGAGUUCCACAAGUGGAUCGAGAGGGUGGUCGGCUGGCUGGGCAAGGUAUUCCUGCAGGAUGGCCCGGCCAGGCCCGCGUCCCCCGAGGCUGGCAGCACGCUGCGUCGCUGGCGCUGCCACGUGCAAAGGUGGUUCUACGGGAUCUACGCCGGCCUCCGCAUCGAGGAGCUCUUCAGCAUUGUCCGAGACUUCCCGGACUCCCGGCCAGCCAUUGAGGACCUCAAGUACUGCCUGGAGAGGACUGACCAGAGGCAGCAGCUGCUCCUGUCCCUCAAGGCUGCCCUGGAGACGCGCCUCCUCCAUCCAGGUGUGAACACAUGCGACAUCAUCACCCUCUACAUAUCCGCCAUCAAGGCCCUGCGUGUGCUAGACCCGUCCAUGGUCAUCCUGGAGGUGGCCUGUGAGCCCAUUCGCCGCUACCUGAGGACGCGGGAGGACACGGUGCGGCAGAUUGUGGCUGGGCUGACGGGGGACUCAGACGGGACAGGGGACUUGGCCGUUGAGCUGUCCAAGACAGAUCCGGCGAGCCUGGAGACUGGUCAGGACAGCGAGGAUGACUCUGGCGAGCCCGAGGACUGGGUCCCUGACCCCGUGGAUGCUGACCCAGGGAAGUCCAGCUCCAGGCGGCGCUCCUCGGACAUCAUCAGUCUGCUGGUCAGUAUCUACGGCAGCAAGGACCUCUUCAUCAACGAGUACCGCUCGCUGCUGGCCGACCGCCUCCUGCACCAGUUCAGCUUCAGUCCUGAGCGGGAGAUCCGCAACGUGGAGCUGCUGAAGCUGCGCUUUGGCGAGGCUCCGAUGCACUUCUGCGAGGUCAUGCUGAAGGACAUGGCAGAUUCCCGUCGCAUCAAUGCCAACAUCCGUGAGGAGGACGAGAAGCGGCCCGCAGAGGAGCAGCCGCCUUUUGGGGUCUAUGCUGUCAUCCUGUCCAGCGAGUUCUGGCCGCCCUUCAAGGACGAGAAGCUGGAGGUUCCUGAGGACAUCAGGGAGGCCCUCGAGGUCUACUGCAGGAAGUACGAGAAGCUGAAGGCCAUGCGGACCCUCAGCUGGAAGCACACCCUGGGCCUGGUGACCAUGGAUGUGGAGCUGGCCGACCGCACCCUGUCUGUGGCCGUGACUCCCGUGCAGGCGGUGGUCUUGCUGUACUUCCAGGACCAAGCCAGCUGGACCCUGGAGGAGCUGAGCAAGGUGGUGAAGAUGCCCGUGGCGCUGCUGCGGCGGCGGAUGUCCGUGUGGCUGCAGCAGGGCGUGCUGCGGGAGGAGCCCGCCGGGACCUUCUCCGUGGUGGAGGAGGAACGGCCGCAGGACCGUGACAGCAUGGUGCUCAUCGACAGUGACGAGGAGAGCGACUCGGGGGGGGGAGGGGUGGCGGCCCGGCGGGUGGUGCCUGACCUCACGGGCCUGUGUCCGCAGCUGUUCUGGACGUACAUCCAGGCCAUGCUGACCAACCUGGAGAGCCUGUCGCUGGAGCGCAUCUACAGCAUGCUGCGUAUGUUUGUGGUGACCGGCCCCGCGCUGGCCGAGAUCGACCUGCAGGAGCUCCAGGGCUUCCUGCAGAAGAAGGUGCGUGACCAGCAGCUGGUCUACGCGGCCGGUGUCUACCGCCUGCCCAAGAGCUGCAGCUGACGCGCCCCGGGCCUUCCUCGCACCCCCCGCGCGCCUGCCCUUGCCCUGCCCCCAGAGUACAGAGUAAAGCAAGUGGUUCUCCA